GGCGACGAAGACGAGAAGGGGGAAGCAGCCAUAGCAUAGCAUCAUUGACAGUACUCUCUUCGAACUAUCUCUCUCUUACAAUCGUCCAAACUCUCUACCCUCUACCCUCUCCCCCCAUCAUCCAUCUUUUUUGUUUGUUCAGCCUUGCUUCUCCACUCUUCCUCUGGGUUCUAGUGGAACCAUCGUCGGCCUCCCUACUUCACUUCACUUCUCAGAUUGGGUCUUUGCCCUUGUCGUCGGAUCCUUGAGGGGGUAGCAUUUCCAACUCUCUUCCGCAUCUGCGUCGUCUCGUCUCAAAGGGAAUGGAAAUGGAAGCUUUGAACUCAGCCCUGAGCUCAGCAUAUAUAUCCAAAGGCGGAGACGACGUCGUUCCUAUCACUUGCUUCACUGAGUCCGUCAACGAUGUCACCCUUCACUUCCAAAUCAUCCGUCUGCCCAGGCAGAUAUAUGUAUGGAUUGGUUGCAACUCUGCAAAAUUUGGCAAUUUGUAUGCAGCAGCGCCUACUAGUACUACCAGUCCUAAGAAUGGAGUAAGUGUGAGUUGUGUUCUUGGUGGAACAUCUGAUAAUACAGGAUCAGGCAUUGUUCGACGAUUAGUUUUAAAGACUGGUCACCAUGUUGUUCUGGCUUCCAACAUUCCCAAGAACUCUCCUUUGCUUGAGGCAGAGGCUGAGAAAAUUUUGGUGCAGAGGCUAAUCAAACUCGGCUACACAAAGCCAAAAUCAGAGGCCUCACCAUCAUAGCUGCUUUCUCUGGAAUAUACGUGGUUAGCUAUUGAUUCGUGAGGGGGUUGGCCUGUUCUGAAAAAGCUUUAAACUCUACUUGCUCCUUUAGUCCUAUUUUGAAGUCCAUGGUACAUUAAAUUUAUCAUUUUGAUUCAAAAAUUUGUUUCUUUUUAAUACAUUAUCGUUAUAACGUAUGUAAGUUGUCCCAAUUAUCGGUUGAGGGUUGUGUUUAUCAUACAAAUUACUCUUAUUAUAGUUACUAAAAACGAUAGAAGAAACCAAGAAAAUAGAUGCAACAUUAGUCUCUAGUGGCUACAAGAUAUCCAGUAAAAGUUUCGACUUGUCAGAUUUGUACUGUUCUAUUUGGUAUGAAUCUUAUGGGGUCACUUUCUUCAUCAAACAUAUAAUUUAUUGAUUUCUUGGUUUUUGGUUUUA